ACACACACACACACACAUUCUGCUUCUGCUCUACCGGGACAGGGACACACUCAGUCAGUCCGGAAUCAGUGCAGUAGCGUUGUAUCCGAGUGAAGGAGAGAGAACUUCUUUCACUUCGACUUUUUUCCAUACAAUGUGAGGAAAUGGCCGAGCGAAGGUCUGACUGGGUGGAGAUUUUGGAGCCACGCUCACGCGAGCGCAUGUUCGUCAACCUGGUGACGGGCGAGUGCGGCUGGGAGGCGCCGGCCGGCGUGAGCGUUCGGCAGUCGGACGGUAACCAGUGGUGGGAGCUGUUUGACAACAACAACAACCGUUUCUACUACUACAACUCCACCAGCCAACAGACGGUGUGGCACCGGCCGCAGGGCUGCGACAUUGUGCCACUGGCACAGCUCCAAGCCGUCAAGAAGAGCUCUGAGGCAGAGCUCAGGAGCCAUGGAAAGAGCGGGGGGAACAACCUUGUGGCCGCAGUGCUAACACCCAACUCGAGCGCCUCUCAGGAGCUAGACAGUAGCAGGGAGACGCCAUCGUUAAAGAGCAGAGGGGGCAGUUUGGAGAAGAGGAGUGAGGGCAACAGAGAGCCAAAUCCAAGAUGGCAGCCUGCUCCAGGCUCCAAGGCGGCCAUGUUGGUGAAAGUGAGCGGCAGUGGCCGGAACCAGCACAUCACCCCUGCUAGCCCCCACCCCUUUACUCAUUUGAGCCUGCCCACCAGCAACACCCCCUCUCCUAUUCCCACAUACCCCAACAGGACUGCCUCCUUCGGAAAGAAAGACCCCAAACAGUCCUUUCAUCUUCUUAAGAAGGCCGACAGUGGCAGCUUCAGCAUGGCAAUGCCCAGCUCUGGUGCCCCCUCAUCUACAAAUGUUUGCCCUUCUUCCCCUCAGUAUGCAGCCACGCCCCCUGUGCCAAUCUACGAUGAGCCUCCAACUUCAGAUCCACCCAUUUAUGAUGAACCACCAGCUGACAUGGAGGUGGAAGGGGCUGAUUACUUGACUCAUGACCAUUAUAGACCAACCCACAGCAUGCCACGAUUGCCUCCACCCACUAAACUUCUCCAGUUCCCCCAAGCCAAGCACAAGCGCCAUCCCUCGGCCGGGGAGUACAGUGCAGCUGGACGCGAAUGCAUCAAGCACAUGGUGAAUGUGGACCUCCAGACAGGAGAGAGCCCAAAAGAAGAGAUUUCCCUGGAGAAGAAGCAGCCAUGGCACAGCCGUCAGAGCAGCCUGGCAUCUCAGGAGUACCCACCACCCUCCACUGUCACCUACCAGGACUCAGGCUACUCGACAGGGCCCUCUCCAAGUCUGCGCAGGAAAAAUCGCAGAAGAGCUGUUCCAGGGCACGGGGCAGGAAGUGGCAGCGAUCUCAGUGACAAGCUGAUGGCUGAGAUGAAGGUGGUUUUAAUGAGCUCAGAAGGUUCACUGAAAAGCACAACGCUGCCUGGACAAAUGUCCGGCUCAGGGGAGGAUACAAUAGCUAGCGAGCGUUCACUGUACAGCAGACAUGGAGACGCGACUCUGACGCCAGUCGAGGGGUUAGCAGGUGGGCAGAAAAGGACAUAUGAAAAGGUGGACUCGUUGGAGAAGAGUGAAGCAUCUCACACUAGCCUGUCUUCUCCAGAGCCACCUGCAUCACCCUCACAGGCAGGAACACUGGAAUCCAAAAGCCAGUCGGACUUCCGCUCCCAACACGGAAAAGACGGCAACGAUGACGUAACAGUUCACGGCAGCACUUCUGUUACCUCACUUCCUGUCCUCCAGGUGCAUACCCCCACCCCUGGACCCACCUACCAGUACCCCUACUCUACCCUAUGCAAGCCACGUAUUGAUGUGGAUAUAGAAGCCUGGGCUACCAAGAACCUGAACCAGCACACACGAGGCCUGCUGCGCAGACGUGUCUCCAUCGCCACCAUGCUGUCCUGGAGCAGCGCUUCCAUCAGGAAGCCUAUGCUGAUCACGAGCGACCGCGCCAUCAAGAAAGAAGCCUGUGACAUGUUUAAGCUUGUGCAAACCUACAUGGGAGACCGGCAAGUGACACGCCUUGACUGGCGCCAUGUCGCCCUUCAUGUAGUGACCAAGUGCUGGAGCAUGCAGGGCCUGAGGGACGAGCUGUAUGUCCAACUUAUCCGGCAGACCACAGACAACCUGAACCUCAGUAGCCUCUGUGCCGGCUGGGAGCUCAUGGCCAUCAGCCUGGCCUUCUUUUCUCCUUCACCCAAGUUCAGGCGCUAUCUUGAGGGAUACAUCCAGAGACACCUGGAGCCCAGUAAUGACAAGAAGAUAUUACAGAGGAUUGUGGAACAACAGGACAUAAAGAACAAGAAGAACUCGAAGUCCAGGAAGAAGAGGAAACAGAACAAUGAAGAAGAGGAAGAACAGGGUACAUGUCUGCCAAUCAGCACUUAUGCCAAAUACUGCUACCGCAAGCUGCAGAAAGUUGCUGUGACUGGGGGUAAAAAGGGUCUGAGGAAACCUACCCUGGAUGAGAUUGAUCAUGGGAGGAACGCCAUUGUGACACCCUCACUAUUCGGAAGCGCGCUGGAAGAGAUCAUGGAGAGGCAGAGUCAGCGGUUCCCUCACAGGAGGCUGCCCUGGGUGCAGGUGCAGCUUUCUCAAUGUGUCCUGGCACUCGGUGGAGCGCAGACUGAGGGUAUAUUCAGAGUCCCAGGAGACAUAGAUGAAGUGAAUGCCCUCAAAUUACAGGUGGACCAGUGGAAAAUUCCCGAAAAUCUCUCUGACCCUAAUGUCCCUGCGUCACUAUUAAAGCUGUGGUACAGGGAGUUGGAGGAGCCUGUGAUUCCACAGAGUUUUUAUAUGCAGUGUAUCAGUCACUAUGAGGAUGCUGAAGCAGCCAUCAGCGUAGUGCAGGCUUUACCAGAGCUCAACAGACUGGUACUGUGUUACUUCAUCCAUUUCUUACAGGUUUUUGCACAGCCAGUGAACGUAAGCAAGACUAAGAUGGAUGUGAACAAUCUGGCCAUGGUGAUGGCGCCCAACUGCCUGCGUUGCCAGUCAGAUGAUCCCCGCAUAAUAUUCGAGAACACACGCAAAGAAAUGUCUUUUCUCCGCAUCCUCAUAGUUCAUCUGGACACCAGCUUCAUCACGGACAUGGUGUAAUUUUUAAGCAGUGAAAGUUUGCCUCCUUGCGUAUCUGUGUGCCCAUGAGUGUCUCUUUCUUUACAGGGUUUAGGUCUAUGGCAUUGUUGCCUAUUAGCUGUUAUGCUGUUUGGCCAUGUCAGUGCUUUAUAACUCUGAGAAAAGAAUAAAGACAUGCUGAGGUCUUGAGGAAAGUGAUGGAUAACAUAAUUUAGUUAUCAAACUUCUUAGCUAAAACCUAAAAUAUGAGUCACCAGCAAGUGACUCACUGAUUCACUGAAUACCAGCAUUCGUUGCAGGUUUUUGCCUGUUUGACGUGAAUCGACUCAGAAUCAUUUUGAGUGAUGCUUUGUAGCAAAUACCACUGUAAUGUCUGAAUCGAUUCAGAAAUAAAUCCUUUUGACUGGCAGACACUCUGGCAUAUCUACAUAAAUCAGACUGUUAACAUAUGAACCCAAAUGUUCAGGGACCUACAGCUCUUGGUAUUAUUGCUAAUAAUUCUGUGCUUUCAAUAAGUUGGGUUUUUGGACCUUUUUUCUCUUUGCAAGAUUAUCUGGGCAAUGUUCCUCAGUGGAUUUUUAAUUUAAUACGGUUUGAGUGUGUUAAAUAUUUAAUGGAUACUAAACUCGAUGUUUUGGAUUGUAUGAGCCUCUCUGGUCUUAGACGGUCUGCAAAGUCUUUAAAAAAAAAUCGGUCUCAUGCUGUGUCUACAGUAUGCACUGCUCAUGUUGAUGUGUGUCUGAAAGAAAGAUCUGUUGGCUCCUUUGUGGCCUGCUGACUUUAAACCUGGUCCCUGCAAUUGACUGUGUGUGUGUGUGUGUGCGUGUGAUUGUGUGUUAGAUUGCUUUCAGAAAGGUCAUCCAUCCAUAAUCAAAAGCUCAUGGCAUGGACAGUGCUUCAAAACAAACUCUCUUUUAUUUCAUCUCCUUCAGAUAAUUGACACUCCAUCAUUUGAUGUAGUACAUGCUAUUUUUAUCCAUCAUGUGUGUCACCAGGAAGGCAUGGAGGAUUAUUCACUGCAUUCGAGCAAUCCAGAUCAUACAGCUAGACAAUAUACAGUAUUUAGCUCAGGGAUUAUAAAGAGCAUUAUUAUACACAGGCCUGACUCUGCAGAGUUUGGAUGUCUAUAAGUAGUGAUACGAAGUGACCAGACAUGUGUUGAAAACAUUUUCACUCAUGCAUCAGCUUUCAUCAGUCCUUAAACCCUCAAGCCUUGAAGAUUAAAUCACAACUCAAUCCACAGAUGAUGUGGAUGACUGCAAAACAUAUUUUUACUUUGGAAUUUUCCAUAAGACGGCGCAAUUUCAUAUCUCAGAUGUGUGGUUUUAAGGACAUAGCCAGGACCCAGGCUGUAGUAUAUUUAGCUCUGUGGUCAGACUUUGGGGUUUAGCACCCAGCAUGGGAGCGUUUUGGCUCUUGAUUUUGGAACGAGACAAUUUUUGACCGCACACACAGCACUCCCUGACUUCUGUUUUUAUUAAGAUGUAGGCCCCAAAUAAUACAUCAAGCAAAAACAGUCAAGCAUGAGUAGCUGCUUGUUAUGACCCCUUUCCACAGCCCCGUGUGCCACACUGGCCCAAUAUCACACACAUGUCUAAUCAGUUUGUCCAUGACUGGAGGGAGCUAGUAGGAGUCCUUGUGCCAUAGCAGAUGCACUUCAGUGCAUUUCUUCUCAUCUUCCACGUCAGUCAACACAAGUCAAUCAACCUGACUGGAAACCAGUUGAUAAAGCUUGAGUAUCUUCUCACUUGCCUAAAUAGCAAGUCCAUGCCACUGAUAUUUCUCUGGUAUUCUGUAAAUAUGAUUGUAUGUCUCACGUUCUAUGUAUGUUUACCCAUUAAUUUAUCCCUUUUCAAUCAAACAUCGUUACAUCUAUGAGGAUAUCCUUUAUCUUUUCAGUCCGUUCAGAGUUCUGUCAUAUAGCGUUUUUUUUUCCCUUUUUUUAAUAUAAUCCUGUAGAUGAUUGUGUUGAAUAGUGAACGGAAUUGUAGCAGAAUACAGCCACACCGAUUCUGUGUGUGUUGUCAACCUCCACUAUGCUCCUGUAUUGCACUUACCUGUGUGUCCAACCUCUCUGCGCCUCUCAGUGAUGCUUGCAGGGACUAACGACCUCUGAAUAAAAUUGUAAAUAUUUCUUUUUUUUGCUGUGAUCCUCUGAUGGGCCUGCUAGAAAAUAAAGAUGGAUGGCAAGCAUUUAAUUUCUGUUGUUUCAGAAAGAAAUAAAGUUUGUAAAUUUGCAGAAA